AUGAAGGCUUUCAACCUCGCCGCUCUCGCGGCCCUGGCCGGAUCGGCCGCCGCCCAAACUUUCAGCGCGUGCGAUCCCACAAAGAAGGACGGCUGUCCAGCGGACUCGGCCCUCGGCACCGAACACACCUGGUACUUCAACGAAACCCUUGACACUGCUAUUUGGAACAUGAGCACCGGCUCAAUCAACUACGUCGAUGAUGGCGCUGAAUUUACCCUCGAGGCCGCCAAGGAGUCCACUCUUCUGCAAUCCAACUUUUACAUCUUCUUCGGCGUUGUCGAAUCUUGGGUCAAGAUGGCCAAGGGUCCCGGCAUCAUUAGCAGUGUUGUCCUGGAGUCCGAUGAUCUGGACGAGAUUGAUUGGGAAUGGGUCGGCUACAACACCUCCUCUGUGCAGACCAACUUCUUUGGUAAAGGUAACGACUCUACCUUCGACCGGGGUGGCUUCAGCAAUGUCGCCAACGCCGACACCGAAUUCCACAACUACACCACCUACUGGGACCAGGAAAAGUUAGAGUGGUAUAUCGACAAUGAGAUCGUCCGCACCCUGAAAUUCGAUGAUAAGGGCACUCUCGGCGGCAAGAACUACCCCGAGACCCCCUGCCGGGUCAAGGUUAGCGUCUGGCCCGCCGGAACUGUCGACUGGGCCGGUGGUCUGGUCAACUACGACGAUGCCCCCUUCACCAUGACCCUUCAGAAGAUGCGCAUCAAGGACUUCCACACUGGCAAGGAAUAUACCUACGGCGACAAGACUGGCGACUGGCAAAGCAUCAAGGUGGCCGAUGGCAACUCGACUACCCUGGACGAGCUGAACAAGCCUCCCAAGAAGUCCCUGUCCGAGAAGUGGGACGAUCUCGGUACUGGUGCCCACGUCGGCGUGUAUGUCGGUGCCUCGGCGGCCGGUGUUCUUCUCAUUGCAGGAUUUAUGCUCUGGUGCCUCCGCCAGCGCCGUAAGGGCCGUCUCGAAUACGCUCUCGACGACGCUCGCUACACCAACGAACGCACAGAUGCACAGAACUUCCAGAACGACUGGAAGCAGACUGAAUGGAGAAACAGCGGCUAUCGCCAAGUUAGCUGA